AUGUCACAUAUCCGCGACGCGGUCUUUGUCAGUGUGCUUAAUCACUUCGCAAAUGGAUUUAUUGCAUCUCAAGCGAUAAAAGAGGUGGUGAAUAGUUUGGCUCGGAGAAUAAUCGUUAGUUCCGACUACCCCCGGGACAGCUCAGCGCCAGCCUUUACGACCCGCGAGUGUGAGAUCGCCCGCUAUCACCUUGGCUUCCGGCCACGACAGGCGAGGUUCUGUAACCAUCCCCGCCUUGGCUUCGCUAUGUUGCCGGUGCUGCGAGCAGCGCGUGCUGUCGGCUUCCACUGCCCCGACACUUUCUCUAACAGGCGGUGGAACUGCUCCUCAGUUGAGGCGCUGCCUCGCAUGUCACCCGAACUGAAACGUGGCACAAGGGAACAAGCAAUUGUACAUGCUUACGCAGCAGCCGCGCUAAUAUUCGAAAUCGGUCGCUACUGCGCCUUAAACAAGAUUCGCUAUUGCUCCUGCGGUAUGACCGGUGGCACAGAGAUGAUAAUCAGUCCCGAAGGUGGGCAGAUGUCUCGCUUUCCUCAGGGUUACGUGCCUUCCCCACGCGUGCGUCGCCAACUGGAUAUGGCCAACUUUCGCAAAUUCAGCGACGCCAUCUCCUUCCAACCAGAAGUCUCUCAUUCACAGCACCAAAAACAAUUCCAACAAAUGCAGACCCAAGUGCAGAACACGCACUAUUGGAGUGGUUGUCCAGACAACGUGGACACCGCACGUAGCUACGUGGCGCAGUUUUUGGGCUUUGAUGAAAAACGCCUUCUUAUGGUGGGCUAUCAUCCACGCAGCCACUCCGUCACUCCCUACACCACCUCCUCUUCCGCCUCCUCCUCUUCCUCCGCCUCCGUCGGCUCUGGUUCCUCCGUCUACUCAACGCCCUUUAAAAAUCCCUUACAGAAUGCUGAGGACUCAGCGCCCUAUGGAUUCUACAUGCCUCCCAGUACCAAUCUACCGCAGCCAUACCUAAAAAGGAAGACUAGGAGCGCCGAAUCUGCUAAGGCAGAUACUAAGAGCCUUCAUCGGAGCUCUAGACGCACAGGCAGGAGGCGAAGACAGCCUUCGAAGAUGAAAUUGACGAACCAGCAUAACUACAUGGCUGGUGCCUGGAUGAUGAUCGCACUUCAAAAACAGUCAUGCAAAUGUCAUGGUGUCAGUGGAAGUUGUACACAAAAGGUCUGCUUCCGACAGCUCCAACGAAUUGAUACAGAACCGAUCAAGGCUGCCCUUCGACAGCGCUAUCUGACCGCGAAGAUGGUGUCAGGGAUUGCAGACGGUAACCUCAUGGCCUCUGUCUUCAAGGAGACGGACUUUGUCGAUGAGUAUGUUCAGCUGGAGGACCUCGUUUUCACCCAACAUUCACCGGAUUACUGUGACCCUGAUCCUCAACGUGGAUCUCUAGGUACUCAUGGAAGACAAUGCAAUUUGAACACCACCGGCGAUGGAAGUUGCAUGAACAUGUGCUGUGGUCGGGGUCACAAGAGCACCACGCACCAGAUCUACGAGAAGUGCAAUUGCAUUAUGCAGCCCAACUUUAAGGUACACUGCCAGACGUGCAUUCGCAAUGAGGUGCGGCACACGUGCCUCUGA